AUGCACGUCAUAAACCUUUUGGGAGUGGCUGGAGUUGCGUCCGCCGCAGCCACGAAUUCCAGUGAUCCAUGGGCCGAUUGGAACAAGGAGACCGCUUUCACGAGGACUAAUUACACCGUCACUCCGAAAGGCGUGCUUAAUCCCUACGAGAGGUGUGCAGGCAUCGGUCACUAUGGUCCAACCGCAUGCAGCCAGGGGAUUGACUUGGCGUGUGUAUUCAAAAACGACUACUACAGCCAGUGCGAGCCUGUAGAUGACCCAAAGGCCCCUGUGGAGCCGAAACCCUCUGGACCGAAGCCUACGAAGCUAAGCCCUCUUGUGCAUGGCAAGCCCAUGGGCUUUGCGUCUGGUGUCACCGGCGGUGGCGAUGCUGAGCCGGUUCGGCCCAAAGACGUGCAUGAACUGAGCGAUUUGCUCCAGGAUCCGGAACCCCGGGUCAUUAUCCUCGACAAGACUUUCGAUUACACUACCGCAAUGGGAACUGGUGUCAUUGAUGGCUGCAAACCUUGGGGCGAUCUUGAGCAGAAAUGUCAAGUAGCUCUGGGCCUCGGCGGUGACUGGUGCAACCGUGAGAAGCCGGACGCGCCUAAGGUGCAGGGAUUGGAAUUCAACAAAGCUGGAAUCAGCCCCCUAUGGAUUCGGUCUCACAAGACUAUCAUAGGUUCAGGUGAUAAGGGCAUCAUUGUGGGCCGAAGCAUCCGUAUGAUGGGUGUCGAGAACAUCAUUAUCCAGAAUGUCAAGUUCACGAGCAUCAACGAGAAAUACGUCUGGGGUGGUGAUGGAUUGGACGUCUGGGCCUCAAACAACAUUUGGCUAGAUCACAUAACGAUCAGCCGCGUGGGGCGCCAAAUGGUCGUCGUACAUGAAGGAUCAAACAAGAACAUCACAAUUAGCAGCGUCCACUUUGACGGUUUCACAGAGUACAGCAGCAAGUGUGGAACUGAGAGCAGCACAUCGCAUUACUGGGGCUCCAAGUUUGCGGGGCCAGACGACGCCAUCACUUUCAUUUAUAACUACAUGGACCACUUCAGUGGCAGGGCACCCCAGGUGGGCGAUAAGAAUGAGAGUAGCGUUUCUUUGACCCAUGUCGUCAAUAAUGUCUGGGAGGCCGUCUCGUCUGAGGCCCACGCCUUUGAAGUCCUCGCCGGCGGCGUAGUUCUCGCUGAGGGAAACUUUAUUUACAAUACGAGCAUAGUACUCGACGACAGUCACGGAGUGGGGCUGGUCUACAUGCCGCAAGACACUCUUGGCGAUGCACUUUGCACAAAGGCCAUUGGUCGUCCCUGCAUGCCUAACAAUCUUGUCCAGAGUGGCCCUUUUAACGCUUCGAAGCCCGCUACCCUUGACGUUCCUGAGUGGAAAGAGAACAGCAAUUUUCCUGUCGCCGAGACCGCCGAUGAGAAGCUCCGUGAGAAGGUCAAAGCCAAUGCUGGCUUCGGGAAACUGUAG